AUGAGGUUCAGCCCUGGUUUGCUUUGCCUAAUAGGCGGGCUCCUCCCUGCCAUUGUCUCUGGGGCGACAGCGCCUACACCCUUCUUCCCGGAAUUGGACGACUUCUAUACUCCGAAGCACGGAUUCUGGGAAGAACUGGACCCCGGAUCCAUUAUAGAUUAUCGCCAAGUAUAUGUCAAUUCGCUCUCGUACGGCAUCCCAUCCAAUGCAACGGCAUACCAAGUACUGUACGUUACAACAGACUUGAACAAGCAGAAAACUCACUCAGUCACAACGAUAAUCGUUCCGCACAAUGCAAAGAAAGGUUGGCUUCUCUCAGUGCAACCCGCCUAUGACUCCCCGGAUAUCAACUGCUCGCCAUCAUAUGGACUGCAGGUUGGAGCAGUCGGCCCUGCCUUAUCCUGGAACAUGAUGGAUCUAUCGUUCGUACUACCCUUCGUGAAUAAGGAAGGUCCGAUCUUGAACAUCCCAGAUUAUGAAGGCUGGAACGCUGCGUUCACGGUCGGCCCACAAACUGCCUAUCACACACUUGACUCAAUUCGCGCCGCAUUUAACUUCGAGAAGGAAUACAGCCUAACCGGCCUCAAGCCCGACGCCAAGACAGUUAUGUACGGGUUUUCCGGUGGCGCUUAUGCUACCGAAUGGGCCUCUGAACUACAUUCCACUUAUGCACCGGAUCUUACCCAGAUCGUAGGCGCUGCCAUGGGUGGUCCCCCACCCAAUGUUACCGAUACAUAUCUUGGCUGCAAUAUGGGACCAUGGGCAGAGCUGAACGUAUGGGCCAUGUUGGGCGUCAUGAACGCAGUUCCAGAGAUGAAGAGAUUCAUGGACGGUGACUUGCUGGAGGAGCAUCGAGAGAGGUUUUACGGGCCCAAGACACGCUGCAGUCGCUGCUUUGGCAGAGAGAAGGCUCAUGAACCACUUGAGUACCAGAACAUCUCAUCCUUCUUCGAACACGGCGACAGUUUCUUGUACAGGUUCCGCGGAACUCUGGCAGACAUUGGUGUUAUGGGAAGGAAUGGGGCUCCUAGCUAUCCGAUGUAUAUUUUCCAAGGCACGAAUGAUGAGAUUGUUGGUGAUAUCGGAGUGACGAAUAGACUUGUGCGUCAUCUUUGCGAUCAGGGUACUGUUGUUCAGUAUCAUCAGUAUCCUGACUUGAACCAUAUGGAGACCCUGCAGAAAGGGAACUUGGAUGCUUGGAGAUGGAUUCUGAAUCGCUUCCUGGGUCUUGAAGCGACUGGGUGUCGCCCGAUAGACCUGAACCCUCCGAUUGGUGGAGAUGAUGUUCAAAUGCGCCUUUCCAUGGCAUCCACGAUCCUACCUGGAUGGCCAACUACUGAAUAA